GUCUAUGCCGCUAAAUUACUCAAUUCUUUUACAAUGGCAUCUGAUGCUAAAUGCGCUCUAUCCUGUAUUCAAAUAACACUUAUUGUGUUUUUUGGUAGUUUAAUUUACACGGUUUGGAAAAAUGGUUGGUGGGUAGAUUCUGCUGUAGCUUUAAUUUUAAGUAUAUUAUUCGCAAAAGAGGGUGCAGGAAUGAUUAUUUGGGCAACAAGUAGUGAUUUUAAUGGGAACUGUUGCAAAAGUGAUUUAAUUAAGAAGGGAAGUAUCGGUAAUAAUAGUUGUGAAGAUCUUAAAGAAUGCAAAAUUACCGUGUCGACUAAAGAAGUUAUUAGUGAAGAAAAUGGAGCUAGAUAA